UUUGGCGAAAACGAAAUAGCAUAAAUCUUGCUCCAUCUCCAAAAAAAAAAAAAAAAAAAAAAUAUAUAUAUAUUUUCCAUUCCACUUUGAAUAUCACUUCAUAUACAAACGCUUUCCUGAGCAUUCACGCAGGACGAGCUACUGCUGAUCUUCAUCACCUCUUUCUUGUGGCAAUAGCGAUUGAAUCUAUUUCAAGGAUUAUCAAGAGCUCACGUAUCCAAACAAUUGCUUAGUUUUGGAAACACCCAGUCUGAAUUCUCUGAUUAAUUGGUAGAAAGCUUGAAGGAGAUUACUCAUUUUUGGUGUAUGCAAUGGAUCAAUUUGAUAACCUCUACAAGGAGCGCAUUUCUGCACUUCUUAGAGUAAUGUAUGCCACUAAGUAUGUUAAAGAUGAUAAUGUUCCAGCUCUUAUUGAAGAGGGUCUCUAUUUGGGUUCUAUUGGAGCUGCUAAUAACAAGAGCCUUUUGAAAAGCUCGAAUGUUACACACAUUUUAACUGUUGCCAAUUCACUACCUCCUACAUACCCUAAUGAUUUCACCUACAAAAUUGUUGAUGUUCCAGAUAAAGAACAUGUAAAUAUUGCACAAUUCUUCGAUGAGUGUUUUAGUUUCAUUGAAGAAGCUAAAAGAACAGGUGGUGUAUUAGUCCAUUGCUUUGUGGGGAGAUCCAGAAGUGUUACUAUUGUUGUGGCAUAUCUGAUGAAAAAACAUGGCAUGAGUGUAUCCGAAGCUUUACAACUUGUGAAAAGUAAACGAAGUGUGGCUUCUCCAAACUCUGGAUUUAUGUCACAGUUGCACAACUAUGAGAAAUCUCUUCGAGGAGUUUAAGUGUUUUGGUGAAAAUGUGAUACGCAAGUUCGUACUUGUAUUUCCAUAGUGGAAAAUAUAUUUACAAAUUUGAUCUUUAUUUCUAUUAAUAUUUUCAAAUGAAGAUUAAUGUACAUAUUUUACAUUGAUAAUACUAUAAGGGGCCAAAGUGAACAUUCUGUAUUAUUCAUUGGUUUGAAAAUUGAAACAAUAUUAACCCUUGAAAAAAGCAAAAUUUGUAAUUCGCUUUUGUGUAAUGUGUAAUUUGCAAACUGGUUGAAGUAAUUUGUCAUGAUUUAUUCGAAA